CUUUGUCCCGGAAGUGGCCAGCUGCUGCUGCCGCCGCUGCAGAAGAAGAAGUUGCUGCUGUUCGCUCAACAGUCAACUUUAAAAAACGGACCCGGUUAACGGACCCGGCGGGAUGGACACGGACACGGCUUCCCCGGACGCCACUGCGGACGUAAAGGUCAAAACGGAGCCGGACGAGGACGUGGAAAUCCGCUGGUAUCCCGUCCUCAAGAAGCUGUCCGUCAAACUCACCGACUGCCGGCCGCUGCUGGAGGGGCGGGACUUCCUGUCUCUGGACGCCCACCCCCAGCUCCGGCGUCGGCCACGGCGCCCGUCCACCAUCACAGGCAGGAAGAUGGUGUACUGCCCCGACUGCCACAAAGGUUUCUACAAGCAGUCGCACCUGGAGGCCCACCAGCGGACGCACGGCGGGCAGAAGGCCAACGAGUGCUGGCGCUGCGGGAAGACGUACCCAACGCUGCUGAGCCUGGUGCUGCACCAGCAGGUCCACGACCGCGCACGGCCCUACAAGUGCUCGCACUGCGAGCAGACCUUCGCCCUGAAGCGCGACUGGAAGACGCAUCACCGCACGCACUCGGGCACCAAGGCCUUCAAGUGCUGGUUCUGUGGCGACGGCUUCAGCACGCAGCGCGAGCUCAGCCAGCACCUGGAGACGCACAGCGGCGAGAAGUGCUACCGCUGCGACGUCUGCGGCAAGAUGUUCGUGUCCUACCAGGGCUUCAACUUCCACCGCCGCGCACACAAAGGCAGCCAGCUGCUGCCCUGCAACAAGUGUGACAAGUCCUUCAGCAACCCACAGAGCCUCAAGCUGCACCAGGUGACUCACUCCAACAGGAAGCCGUAUAAAUGUCCGACGUGCGGUAAAGGCUUCAAGCUGCAGGGCGGGCUGCGCUGCCACCAGCGGACGCACGGCGACGCCAAGGACUACCACUGCCCCGAGUGUGGCAAGAGCUUCUCCAGCCUGCAGAACCUCAAGCUGCACAACCGCACACACACCGGACUCAAACCAUACCAGUGCUCUGAGUGUGGCAAGAGGUUCACCCAGUCACCGCACCUGAAGGCCCACAUGGUGACACACACCGGGGAGCGCCCGUUCACCUGCACCACCUGUGGGAAGAGAUUCACCCAGUCAUCACACCUCAGGUCCCACAUCACGCUGUUCCACGUGGGCGAGAAGCCGUUCAGCUGUGGCGACUGCGGGAAGAGUUUCACCAUCGCUCACUACCUGAAGAUGCACCGGCUGAGCCACACCAAGGAGAAGCUGUACCAGUGCUCGUACUGCGACAAGUCCUUCUCCUACCACAACUCCUGGAGGGCCCACGAGAGGAUCCACACUGGGGAACGCCCCUUCACCUGCCAGGAGUGUGGGCGGAGCUUCACCACGUCCGGCUCCCUGCUGAGUCACCAGCGGUCCAAACACACGGGAGAGAAACCUCACUACUGCUUCACCUGCGGCCAGUUCUUCUUCACCAGCUCGCUGCUGCGCGUGCACCAGCUGGACCACAGCGGCGAGCGCCCGCACGCCUGCGGCUGCGGAAAGACCUUCAAAACCCGCGGAGUGCUGCGGCUGCACCUCAAGAGGUUCCUGACCCACCGGCCCGCACAGUGAACGCACCACCGGUCCCACACAGUGAACGCACCACCGGUCCCACACAGUGAACGCACCACCGGUCCCACACAGUGAACGCACCACCGGUCCCACACAGUGAACGCACCACCGGUCCCACACAGUGAACGCACCACCGGUCCCACACAGUGAACGCACCACCGGCCCCACAGUGAACGCAACUGUUGAUUGAUUAUUUUGAGAAAAUAGGGGAAUGUUUUUCCCAUAUUCCCACUUUUUCGCAGAGAAAAAAGAAACAGCAGAACUUGUUUUGAACUUUUCUUCAGAAUCACAGAAAUCCAGUCACCUGGACAUUCAUUCAGAUGGAGGAGAGAGGAGGGGAGGAGGAGAGAAGAGAGAGGAGAGAGGAGAAGAAGGAGAGGAGAGGAGAGAGGAGAGAAGAGAGAAGAGAGAAGAGAAGAGAGAGAGAGACGAGAGGAGGAGAGGAGAGAGGAGAGGAGAGGAGGAGAGAGGAGAGGAGAGAGAGGAGUCUGUGUGUUUUGGGUUUUUUAACCAGCUUUUCCUCCUCCUUACCCCUGGAGAGAUUCAGACUCUGGGCUGGAGAUACGAGCUUUCUGUGUUUUAAGCUGCUUCUAACUAACUUUGAGUUUUUCCUGAUACGAAGAAAGCUGCUACAGAUACUACAGAUACUACAGAUAUUCAUGUAUUACUCACUUACGUUCAUUUUUUCAGUCAACCAACCUUUCUGUUUGUCCGUACAGAAAAUGAAAUGAUGUAUUUUAUAUAAAAGAGGAAGAUGUGACAUUAAGAAAAAACACUCCAGAGAGGGUGUGUGUGUGUGUGUGUGUGUGUGUGUGUGUGUGUGUGUGUGUGUGUGUGUGUGUGUGUGUGUGUGUGUGUGUGGACCAAUUUCAGUUUGUAACCAUGGUAGUGAGGACUUUUCUACAUUCACUCCUUCACAUCUGUUGAGCUCUGUAUCCAUUAAAGCUGAAACUACCGAUUACUGUCA